AUGAUUGACGUUAAGACGAAAAUUAAUUCUUUUUUUAUAUUCAACUCUAGUUUUGGGCCUAGAGAAGGCGAUGAACUAAAAAGGAUAUUAUUCUAUCAUCCAAGUCAAACCAGUCCAGAUGCACAGAAAAUGCAAGUUGGGUUAUGUGAAGCUGUUGUUAAGUUCAUGUCUACGUUUUCCUCGGAGCCUUGUGAAGCCUUACAAACACAGACAAAAAGGUAUAUAUUCUAUCAACCAGAAAAAGGAUACUGGAUGGUUCUGGUUGUCAGGAUACCCUACACUACUAAGGCAUUGGCAGCUAUUGGUGAAACUCAAGGAGAUGUAAUAGAUCCAUCUAUUAUGCAUGAUUUGCUAUUAUCAGCGUACAAAAUGUUUAAGAUGUUUAGAGGGCCUUUCAAGAACUUUUCUACAGAUGAUGUCUAUACUGUAUGUGAGCACUUUUUCAAUCCAUUUAUAGUUUCAAAAAGCCUUACGAACGACAUAUCAGACGUGAUCCAGGGCAUUAACUAUUUACCGCUAGAUAAAAAUUCAUUUUUCAAAGUACUUUGCUUUAUUGACCUGUUAGAAGUCAACUAUCCUCACUUCAAAUGUAUAUCUUUUAUCUACAAUGAACAACUUAUUUGGAAUGGUUUGAGCACGAAUGACAUGUUAACAUUAUACCAAUAUUUGGUCCAAACAUUGCUACCAAAGCAAGUGGAGAAAGAAAUCCAAGGCGGUGCCGUGACUGCAGCACAAAGACAUGGACGAUUUAUACAACCAGCGGAGGGUAUAAAGAGUAGUGAAGACUUGCAAAAACUAGUCAAAGUGCACCUCAUGCGUGAAGAUGACACAGAAAUAAAGCAGUAUUAUUUAAUUAUCUACAGAACGAUGAGUGCUACUGUUAGCUUUACUGUUGAUGUGGAUGUAGAACUUGAAUUUGAAAUGUUCAGAUCAUUAGACGCAUUUAUUGGGCCUCAGUUAUCAGCUAUCGCGUCUACCAUCAGUGAGCAAUGCACAUUACAUGCAUUACAAACAGCCCAACUGGCAGUCUCGGAGCAUAAGUUCGUUUAUUUCAAUAGAUUGAACUUAGCAUUUAAAACAUCUCCACCGAUUAACAAAUUGCACCCUUCUACUUCUAUAACACCUGAGGUUUUAACUAUUAUAUCUGGUAUACAUUCAGAUACGAAGAGCCUCGGAAAUUAUGGGGAGAUUAUAAUCAAAACACCAGACGAAUACUGGAUUACAGGGAAGUCUUCCAACGAAAGAGAGUUUUAUGUUAUAAUACAAGAAAAAAAUGCCAAUUUGAAAGAAAUAGCAGAUGAAGUACGGCGGAUAUGUGAAGCCCAAAUGAAAGGCAUUUUUUUCUAUCCAAUGUAA